AUGGCAGAGUGGGCCGAGCUGGAACGCCGCAUUCAAGAAAACCUUGCCAACGCCCCCAACAUUGUGACGUUGGAUGUGGGUGGCACGAUAUUCAAGACGUCCAAAGCCAACUUGUUGCGGGUGGAAGGGAGCUACUUCCAUGCGUUGCUCGGGUCUGGCCAGUGGAAACCUGAUUCCCCUGACGACGCGUACUUCUUGGACCUCGACCCGCAUCUCUUUUGUCGUGUGCUCAUCUUUCUGCGAACGGGAAAGUUAUCGGCAAGUGACUUCACGGACUUUGAAAGGGGUCAGUUUGACUCGAUGUUGGAGUAUCUCAAACUGAACGAGGUUGGGGCUCCACAGUUUCAGUGGGACUCAAAAGCACUUGUGCCAGGCUUGACGCUGUCCAAUGAUUUUCGAACCAUCGAGCGGCUAUCGUCCCACGAUGGAAACUCGACGGCGGCAGUGGUCAAGCGGCCACUGGUGGAAGGACGACAGUGUCGAAUCCGUGUGGAUGCUUGCCACGGCGAUAAUUUCUGUAUCGGGCUUGCCACCAUAUCUGGAUGCAAUGUAUCACCAUUCAGUCGCUCCAAUCUUACCUAUCGCUGCAACGGCAACGGGUACAUUUACAAGAAACAAACUAGCACCAGAGCUCUACGACAAAUCGAAGACGGCGAUGUGUUGACCAUUCGACGGGGUCCAAUGCAUGUUGAGUUUGAACUUAACGAUGGACCGCCACAAUACAAGGUGGAGUUGAUGGACCCGUUCGAAGAAUUGUUUGCUGUGGUACUCCUGUAUCGUAAAGGAACGAAAAUGACUAUCCUCGACUAA